AAAAAUAAUAAUGCACACAAAUGUUAUGUUCACUUAAUAAAACUUUAUCUACCGACAGACUACACUGUGUGUUUUUGAAAUGGAUUUCAUGAUUAGAUUAUUUCGAUAAAACUUGAUAAUAAUUCAAUCACUAAUUAAUCAGAAAUUGUUAAUGCAAAUAGUUAUUUGUUCCAUAUAAUUUUUGAAAAUAUGUAUUUUUCUACGUUUAUGUUGGUUUUAAGCUUUACAUUAGUACAAGUGUUAGACGCGCAAAGAUGUGAAAAGGCUCAAGUGUGUAUUACCGAUUUGUCUCAAACAGAAUGUGGUGUAGGUUUCACUUUAACACAAAAUAGCCACAUAUUCGGUUGUUGUCCUGGCUGUACACCGACAGGUGAAAUCGGUGAGGGAGACAAUGACGAUGAUGAUCAUAAUUUUGAUCAUCAAUGCCGCCCUCCGGCCAACUGCUUAGCGAACGGAUGGUAUGCGCCUGUGCAAUGCAAAGGCGAUGUUUUUACUGGCAGAUGUUUCUGCACGGAUAAAAACGGUAACAGAAUAUUUGGACAAAUGUGGAGGAACCAAGCGAGCGAGAUGACUUGUGCAUGUAGCAGAAGUAGGCAUGAACUAGAGGAGGAAGGGCAAGUUGUUUCACUACACUGUUCAUCCAAUGGUGAUUACGAGCCAUUGCAAUGUAGCAAUGGCAUGUGUUGGUGUGUGGAAACAAAAACUGGCCAACCCAGCGUCAUCCCUGUGCCAGAAAAUGACAUGAAGAUGUUGCCUUGUUAUAGUGCCUCGACGGUCGGCGAACAGUACUUGCGAAGGUGCGAAAGUAUAGCAUUCGCAUUGGCAACAAUACAUAAGGAACAAUCGGAACAUGGAACUAAUUUUUAUGGAAAUCCAACAACGUUCUGUGAUUACGACGGAAGUUAUGGACCAUAUCAAAUUCAGAAUGGAAUUGCCUAUUGUACCGGCCGUGAUGGUAAAAUUCUUGGAUCUUGGCAGGUUGUUGUCAGUGAAAUGGCUGGAAUUAAUUGUAACUGUGCCCGCGAUUCAUCAAUACAUUUCCCGGAGCGAGGUAUGACAGUAUCCGAGGUUUGCCAGCCGAACGGUAACUACCGCCCCAACCAGGUCGCGAACGACAUAACUUACUGCGUGGACUCCGACGGGUACGCCAUCGAGAAUCAAGAUGAUUGGCCACCCGCUUGCACGAAUGCUCUUCCAUCGUCGUAGCUUUACAAAUUAAGUCCCUACCGUUGAGAAAGUUGAAAUAGCAACAUAUUAUAGAGAGCUAUGUUUCUACACAAUAGUUGACUCUUUAGCGCAUCAAUUGUAGCGCAUAACUUCGCAAAAUAUUAUAAUUCUGUGUUUAUGAAUG